AUGAAUUUAUUCGCUGAAUCCGUAGUGCAAUCGUGUGCGGGCUUCGGGUGGUGGUAUGGCACAGUGCGAGCGGUGCGAGCGCUCGGAUUAUCCGCGUGUGCAGAGCCGCUAAUUGCGGGUAACGACGAGCCAACCGCCGAGCACCCUGCACCACACGCCUGCGCCCCGCCCGCCCAUACGAUACAGUACACUGAUAUAGGUGCAUUGGUGUACUAG